AUUUUGCUCCUUCACUGCCCCCAGCAUGCAGCGCGGUGCAACUACUGUACACAUCAGGUGCUCCUUCCUACACAGGAAAUCAUUCUUUUCCCAUACCAAGUCUGAAAUUCGACAAAUGAUCUUGUAAGAAAACAAAAAUCUGCAAGAAAAUAAUUCCAUGAAAAAGAAAUCAACAUUUUGAGAGGAUAAGACAUUAUUCUGUGAUAACUAUUAAACAAAUUUUGACAUAACAAAUCAGCAGACAAAAUUCUGUAGAUAAACUGUCCCAUUAUAGCUGAAAAAAAAAAAAAAUCAGAGUGGAAAACUGUCCCUAGCUAUGUUCCAGGGUCUAUAAUAUCUGAAUAAAUAUACACUACAUGGCCCGAUGUGGGCCGCCCACCUCAGGCCAACGUCACACCGAUGUUUAAAACCCUGAACGGGCCAGUAUGGGCUGCACACAUCAGACAAAUUCUGUGAGACCAUUUUUGCACCAAUGUGCAAAUCCAAAGUGGCCCGAUCAGGCCCUGCCAGCAUCAGGCUCUUUCUGGUUCAAUAUGCGAAGCCCACGCUGGACCACUGGUGAUUUUCUCAAUGGUGUGACACUGGCCCCCUGACACUAGCCUGAUGUGGGCUGCCUGCAAUGAGCCAAUGUUUCACCAAUGUGCAAAUCCACAAUAGGCUAAGACAUUUGCCCAAAUUGGGCCGUCUGAUGUGGGUAAAAUGGCUGAUAUUCUGCGUUUCGCUAUGUUUUCACAAAUGAUCCUGAAAACCGUUUGAGACAACUGACAGAAGUUAAUAUAUGAAGUAAAUGAAUACCUUUUGCAUAACAUCAAAUAAGUCAUAUCAGUAUAUUAAGAAGAAUCAUUUAAAUAUCUAAUAAAAAGUUUGAACUGUAACAGACUGAUAGUAGAUAAAUAACUUUCAUUAACAAUAAUUUUAAAUAGAUAAAUAGAAAGUAUACGAUAAAUCUAUGAGAAAUAAAUAGGUACAGGCACCCAUUAAACUCAUUUACACUUUAAGACCACAUCCAACAAAAGAAAGAAAGAAAACAGUAAUGUGCACUAUUGGUUGUUUUAGCCAAUUUAGUUGUGAAUUUUGCAUGGGAGGCUGCAUAUUAUUCUCUCUCGAGUGAAUCCUUUAAGAAUGAAGUGUAGGCUGCUCACAGAAAAUAGGUAUUGGCCCAAAGUGGGCUAGCCCCCAGUGGUCCCACAUUGGAUUCACAUGGGCAUGCCAAAGUAUGGGCUGCCCAAAGAAAAGCCGCGUUGAGCCACUGUGGGUAAAACAGGUAUUGGUCUAAUGCAGACUAGCUUGCAGGGGUCCCACAUGGGAUUCGUGUGAGCAUGCCAAAGUGUGGGCUGCUCACAGAAAACCCCCGUUGGGCCAAUGUGGGUAAAACAGGUAUUGGUCCAAUGCAGGCUAGCUUGCAGGGGUCCCACAUGGGAUUCGAGUGGGCAUGCCAAUAUGCACGCAGGCCACAGAAAACCUGUGCUGAGCCACUGUGGGAUAUGUAUGGGUUAUCCCUGGCCACCAGCUGCCACUGAUGUAACCCCUGCUCUGUUAUAUAUUUACUGUAUGUGUCCAAUAAAAAAUAAUAAUAAAGUAAUAAAUUCAGGGGUCUGUAUCUUCCAUCAUGUUGAACACCCCUAUAUUAUGUGGUGUAAAAUAAUAGGGGAAAGUGUUCAGUGUUCAUUAAGAAACUGAAAUUCUUCAUUCCUUGCACUUUGUGUUCACUGAUGCAGUUUCUCUGGAGCUAAUUUGAAUAAUGUUGGGCACAGAGACGAGGGAGGCAGGAACUGAGACUUCAGUGUGUUCAAUCCCAGUAUAAAUUACUGAUAAUCUUUAUGUACACAGAUACAACACAUUGGUGGAAGAAGACUUUUAGUCCAUAUAUUGUGCUGCCAAAACACCACAGACUGAAAUUAUGGGAAUAAAUAAUCUACACAGUUAAACUAGCACUCUUCAGAAUUGGACUGGAACUUCAUAUCUUCCAACACUCUUUACAAGUGCACUGUGUGAAAUACUGGCAUUUAGAUUAUAUGUAGUGCACGAUCAUGUGCAUUAGGGAUUUAUUUGGGAUUCACGCUCAAUUGAACGGGAGCUCGGAGCUGCUCGCACUGCGCAUGCGCCACUCCCCGGCGUCCCUAUGUCCCUCCCUUUACAGGCGCGCCCCGAAUCCUGACCAAUCAGAGCGCAGGAUUAGCCAACGAUUUGGCCGUGGCCGAGACAAGCCGACGGUGAUCCGAAGAUGGGCCGAGGAGGAAAAACGCGACCAAGGUUGGAAGAUUAACGACCGCAGCAUCUGCUAAUUCCGACUUCCUGUAUUUCCAGGUGUUUGAAGAGAGAGAGAGAUUGUGGAAAUCAGCAGCUCUGGUGUAUUUGCAUUGGAGACAUGGACAGGAGGAGGAGGAUUAGGAGUGUUUAUCUCUAGCCUUGACCAAUCCCAGCCAAUGAGACCUUCAUUACACACUUACUGUCUUUUCCAUCCUAGGAGUGCACAUACCUAUCAGGUUUACAAAGGAAAGUAACCAAAGGGUGAUCACACACACCAGAGGACCCAAGACCAGAGGCUUGAGAUGAAAUCAAACCUGAUAAACCCUGCCAAUGAAAAAAAUUAUGAAAAUUAAUCUGGGAUUUAAAAAUCCUGACUGCAAUCCUUUGACGUGUGUUUAGUAAAAGUGUGCUCAUCACUAAUAAUUUUUCCUCUUCUGGAAUACGGACGUGUAUGGACAUCCCCCAAAGAGCCGGGACGCUGAUUCAACGACAGGGUUAUUCGUAUUCACUGGGCCAUGGGGCGAGUGUCCAAUAGGACUUCAUCGUAACCUACAUUUGUGUCCAUCAUUAUGGAUCAGGAUGAGACGAGCGCAGAGAUUUGGGAGCCGCCUCUGCAUGGACUCCACGGGCCAAACCGCAUGCGGCCUUCCUCGUACCGGGCUCUGCGGAGUGCUGUGUCGAGCCUGGCACGAAUCGAUGAUUUCUUCUGUGAGAAGAUUGGCUCUGGUUUCUUCUCUGAAGUUUUCAAGGUCCAGCACAGGAUCACAGGGCAGGUGAUGGCUCUGAAGAUGAACACGCUGGCCAGCAACAAAGCCAACAUGCUGAGAGAAGUGCAGCUAAUGAAUCGCCUCUGUCAUCCCAACAUCCUCAGGUUUUUGGGCGUGUGUGUCCAUGAGGGCCAACUUCAUGCUCUAACUGAGUACAUCAAUGGGGGAAAUCUGGAGCAGCUGCUGGACAGUGAUAUAUACUUAUCCUGGGCUGUGAGGAUAGGACUGUCUCUGGACAUUGCACGAGGACUACAGUACCUUCACAGCAAGGGGAUUUUCCACCGAGACCUCACUUCUAAGAACUGUUUAGUGCGCUGUGAGAACGGUGUUUUCACGGCUGUGGUUGGAGACUUUGGUCUAGCGGAGAAAAUCCCCGAUUACAGUGAUGGAAUGGAGAAGCAGCCUCUGGCCGUGGUUGGCUCCCCCUACUGGAUGGCUCCGGAAGUGCUGAGAGGAGAGCUUUACGAUGAGAAGGUGGAUGUUUUUGCGUAUGGCAUCAUUCUGUGUGAGAUCAUUGCUCGGAUCGAGGCCGACCCAGACGUCCUCCCUCGAACAGAGGACUUUGGACUGGAUGUUGAGACCUUUGAGCAAAUGGCUGGAGACUGUCCACCUGCUUUCCUUAGUCUCGCUGUUAACUGCUGCAACAUGUGUGCAGCGAGUCGUCCUUCCUUCUGUGACAUUGUUGUGACCUUGGAGAGGAUGGAGAGGGAGAGGGAGAAGACUGAGACACCAGUUAUUCUAGAACCUGUUGCUGCUGAUGAGAGCCCAUACAGGAGGCGGAGUUCACCGUGCCAGCUGGGCACCCAGCGCCUGGCGCGGAGUCAGUCAGCCCUGUUGCCGCCGGCCUCGAGUCCAUGUGUGGGUACACCGGUGCGCCUCAACCCCUUCUCCUUACGCCAUGACCUGAACGGCGGCCGCAUCAAGCUCUUUGACACACCCAGCAAGUCACUUAUCUCCCUGACCUUCACUUUGCCCCCGCCCCCUGAGCCCUCCUCCUCUCCACCACUGUGUGGAGCCUCAAAGCUUCGAGGCCCACCUCGCCGGUGCCGGUCCUUACCCUGCACUCCUGAACUGGGUCGACCUUUGACCUCAUUCCAUGAGCCUGAAACUGAAAGUGUGGAGGAGAAGGAUGGAGAAAAAGAAAAGACAGGAAAGGAGACAGCUGGCUCAGAUGAUGCUGGACAGGACCCUGGCUUGGUGCUGGAUCUGGAGAUGGUGUCUUUGGAGCGGGUGGAUGAAGAGGAAGAAGAUGAGGAGGAGGAAAAAGAAGGAGAGGUGGAAGAAAACUGUCGGGUUGAACCCAUGGACUGCAGUAGCUCCUCUGAUGGAGCAGAGGGUGCCCUGAGAUCAAUAGCAAAGCCCCUCCUUCAUGGUUCUUAUUCAUCCUCCUCUUCCUUCAGCCCUCAGCCUAAUGGCUGGACAGUACCCAUUUCAAAUGGCCCUCCAUCCCUUCCACCCCUGCCCCGCCUGGACAAUAACAACAGCAUGCUGGGAGUUGGCCGUGUCCCUUGGGUGCGGCUCAGUGGCUACCGUGGUCACCGUGCUCCCAGCCGUCUGGCACCUCCUCCCGAACAGGAUGACAUCAUUUCCUGUCCAGGCUGUUGCCUUGUGGGCUUUAGCUUUCCAUCGGUGUGCCUGCGUGGAGCCCCGCCUCCUCGCCGAACCCCACCCCUCCGCGCAUACAGGAAUCUUAAUGGGGGAGAGGCGGCAGCUGGGAGGUCAAACAACGGACUGAUGUGCCGAGGAGCAAAGGGUCUGGCUCCACCCACCAUGACAUGCGAACCGGGUUUGCCACUUCCAGAGGCACAGACGUAGUUAGAGUGCCCUCUUGAGCGCUAACGCAACACAGUGCACAUGUGCUAACCUUGGCACUGUGCCUGUCCCAAUAACCACUACGGUUAGACUAUUAGUGCUAAUGUGCAGUGAGGAUGUAAGAGAUGGUGUGUUGGCAUCUUAGGGUGUAUGUGUGUGUGUGAGAGGAAGAGAAAGAUAGAGAAAGGUGAAGUGUUAUAGAAAGACAAACAGAUGUACAGUAUGGAAAGACUGGCUGUGCUACUUUAGGUUACUAACUAAAAUCUUUUGUGAUGAAUUGGGAGAAGGUGCUAUUUUAGCCACAUUAGACCUUCAGCUUCAUAAGCCACUGUGGCAAAGUGUGUGUGUGUGUGUGCGUGUGUGUGCGUGAGAGAGAGAGAGACCAUGUAUAAAUGUGAUGGCAAUUCAAGUUUAUUUAUUUGUAAAAAAAAAAAAAAAAAAAAAAAAACACUCAUCCAAAACUGAGGAUUAAAAGAUAUAAUAGUGAGAGAUUGUGUGUGUGUGUGUGUGUGUGGAGAAAGUCUAAAAGUUGUUUAUAUGUCUAGAAGCUACGUGUGCAAUAAGUCACCAUUGAUUAACAAAGCUGUACAUACUGUUUCAUUCUUUUUUUAACGGAGAAUGCACCAUUUUUAAUCUGAUAGAAACAUGGGAUUGCUUGUGUUUUAAAGGCUGUCAUUUUUACUGUCACCCUCUAGAGACACAGAGGAUUCUUGCUGGUCAGGUUUUUUGCUGCUUGUUAAAGUACUCUUGUGUACGUGUAUUUACAGAUUGCAAAACCAGAUCACACAGGAUGGACUGUUCCCUCUUCAAAAUGUUUUUAGAAAAAGAUUUUUCUAUUUGAAACUGUAAUGUAAAUCAUGUUCAGGGUUGUGAGUGAAACUGUCAACAUGAGUCAUAUUCAAACUGAUGAAGGUUUAGUCAUUUUUACAAGAUGAAAAUUGUAAUGAAAUCGUAAUUGUAAUGAAAUCUUGAAAAAGACGCAACAUGUCCUGUGUGUUCUGGUUCACUCCCCAUCUGAUGUAACAGCAUGAUUUUGAACUUAACCUCAUGAGUCCAUCCAAAGAGUUCACUGAAGCUUGCGUAAGUCCACCUGCCCAUGAUGUGAGUGCUGAAAGCCUGUGCAUGCAGACUGUGCAAAACACUACACUAUAACGCAACACGGUGCUUCUCUGCAUAGUGCUUUUUAGGCUAAGGGUAUGCCUAAAGAGGCUCUGUUUCCAUUUUUCAUAUCUACCAGAAAGCCUUGUUUGACAAUGAGAUGUUUCCCUGGUUAAAUGGAAAAAAGUGCUCUUCCCAAAACCAACUGAAUUUGCAAAUGCAAGAUGAAAUUUAACUGCAAGUUAAAGUUAAAACAACAACCUGUGCUGGUCAAUCAAAAGUUGAUUUGAUGAAUCUGUUUUGUAUGGAAAGUGUUAAUCUGACCAUAAUAUAUGACCAUAAUCCAUACUGAAGCUAUGGAGUUUGUACAGUUUAGUUAUAAUUUCUAUCUCUUGGAUAAUAAUGGAAGCUUGUGAUUGACAUGAUGGAUGUAAAGGCUGAAUUACAUUUGAUUCCUAAGUGUGUAUUUACUGUGUAAAGGUUAGCUCUUCCCCAUAAAAAGCACUUAGCACAAAGAUUAUCAUCAUCAGUUCUGGGGAAAAUUAGCUUUAAUAAAUGUUAAUGAUUUAUGUAAUUUAUUAAACUGUUUUCAACAUUAAAAUAUUGACUGUAA